AUGAAAGAGGAUACUUUCACCCAGAAUCUAAUUAAGCAAAAUGAGUUGGAUAAUAUUAAAUCUAAUUUUUCGUUAGUCAAAAUAUGGCGAAAAUUUACAACUGAUAAAGGAUAUGGUUCGAUCAUUUUGGAAGUAUGCCCUGCAGUUCAUGAUAUUUUACUUCAAAAUGGUCAAGUCAAGAUUGGAUGGAAAAAAUGUUGGGGCUUCCACCAUACUGCAAACAAGUGCUCCAAAAAUGAAACAUGCAGGAGAUGCGCAGAGCAGCACAAUGAAAAAGAUUGUAGCAAUGAUACAGUCAAAUGGCUAGAACAAAGAAUUACUGAACCAACUAGAAUAACACUUCAUUCUGACACUAUUAUUGACUUGGUUUUUACUAACUGUAAUGCUAUAACAAAAGUACUAACUUCGCCUAGAAUAUCUGACCACAAUAUUAUAAUGUUUAAUAUUGCAAAAAAAUCUCAACAAAUGGUAGAUGUUGAAAAAUAUAAAAAAUUACGAAACGAAGUUGUCAAAGACAUUAGAGAUAAUAAAACAAAAUAUUAUGAACAGCAAAUAGAUCAAAACAAAACUAAUUCGAAGUUAAUGUGGAAAUCAUUAAAAGAUUUGAUUGGAGGUAAAAAUAAAUUAACAACUUUUGAUAUAGUAAAUUUUAAUGGCAACAUAGUAUCAGAUCACACGAAAAUUGCUAAUAAAUUGAAUCAGUAUUUUAUAGAUAGUGUGGAACUAAUAAUAAAAGAUAUAAAUUUUAAUGAAUUGAACAUAAACUUUAAUGAUAAUUUUGCUGUGAAGUGGGAUGAAUUUGAAACUGUAACUUCAUUCCAAUUAGAUAAAAUCAUUAAGGGUCUCGAUGACAACAAAGGUACAAAACUAGAAAUUAAUGCUGUGACUAUCAAAUAUGUUUGGGAAUCUGAAAAGGAUAUUAUUUUACUUAUUAUCAAUAAUUCAUUAAAUUUAGGGCUAGUCCCGGAUAACUGGAAAACUUCCAUAAUUACUCCUAUACAGAAAGUAAAAGACAGUAUCAAAGUAGAAGAACUUAGACCUAUAAAUGUCUUGCCGGUUUAUGAGCAAAUACUUGAAGAAGUAGUAAAAUUGCAACUGCUUAAUUAUGUUAAUAGUAAUGACAUCCUUUUCGAUGAACAGUCUGGCUUUAGGGUUAAUUACUCUUGUGAAACAGCAUUGCAACAUAGUUUUAUAGAAUGGCGUAAAAAUUUAGAUGAUGGCCUUUUAACUGGAGUAGUAUUUAUUGACUUCGCUAAAGCAUUUGAGACAAUAAAUAGAAAAUUAUUGUUGCAUAAAUUAAAAAAACUUGGAAUAUCAGGAACAGUAUUAAAUUGGUUUAGGUCUUAUUUAUCUGGAAGAAAACAAAAAGUUAAAUUUGGUAAUGUUGUUUCAGAAGAGUUCGAAAUAAAAUAUGGAGUCCCACAGGAAAAUUAG